AUGAGUGUAGAGGAGCGUGGUUGGGACGGAGAAGCGCGUCAAUAUGUUCCUCGUUGGCGCGUCGGGGGUCUUGGGCUGCUCGGCGGAGGCGAUUGCGAUGAAGAGGGGAAGGACGAGAGGAAACAGGGCGUGCGCCGAACGACGACCCUACCUUCGCUUCCCGGAGGGUGGCAGGAGUGGCAAGACGGGAAGGGGAGCACGACAUGGCACGACCCCCGAUCAGCAGCGCCGGCACCCGCAACCACCCGCCCGGAACGACCCGAGGAAGGCCUGGAAAGUUGUAGGCGGAUCCUCCAGACCUCUCUUUCGAGCCUUGUGCCCUCGAUUGGCUCCAGCACCAGCUUCCACGAGUUCUACGAGCGCUGCGACAGCGAUUCAUCUUGUGGGUCGGGGACAGAGCGAAUGUUCAAGUCGGUGAUGGACGAAGCCCUAGGGGCGCAAACGUGGCAAGCACUACCCCAACCUGCCGUGCACGACGCGCUGGAGAGGACAACCGAGCUUUCGCAAUCGGUGCUAGAAUUGUUUUCGUGGGAAGAGGAACGACCCGGGGAAGGCCUGGAAAACUAUCGGCGGAUCCUCCAGACCUCUCUUUCGAGCCUUGUUUCCUCGAUUAGCUCUAGGACGAGCUUCCACGAGUUCUACGAGCGCUGCGGCAGUGAUUCAUCUUUUGGGCAGGAGUCGGAGCGACUACUCAAGUCUGCCGUACACGAAGCCUUGGAGCUGCACACGUCGCAAUCACCGCCUAAAACCACCAUGCACGAAGCUCUGGAGAGCACACGCAAUUUUACGCCUUCUUGGCGAGAAUUUAUUUCGGUCGCCAACAAGGAGAUGGAAGAGGCGAAGAGGGACAGAGAUGCAAAGGUCGCCCACCAGAUUCAGGGGGGCCGGACCGCCAAGGAAACGGAGCUCCUGAGACCGCAUGUCCAACUCGACACGGCAACCGCAGUCCGACAAAUACUUUCGACAGAGCGCCACCCCUCUGUUCAUGUGCCAAACCUCGUCCAGUUGGUUCAGCACGAAGACAACCCCGCUCUGCAGUUUGAAUCGGUCAAGGUUUUGGCCACGAUUUCUAGAAGCCAACCGAACGUGGUCGUCAACAAUGGUGCCAUUCCGGUCCUCCUACGGCUGUUCGCGAAUGCCAACGACAACAUUCGAGAGGAGGCGGUGCGGGCGCUAGGGUACAUCGCAGAAGACUCCCCCAGGUCCCGCGACCUGGUUCUCCACCAAGGCUCGUUGGAUCCCCUGCUCCAGCUUUUGAUGGACCGACCUAAGCUGACGAUUCUUCGCAACGCUACCUGGAUGCUGUCGAACUUGUGCCGCGGGAAGCCGCCACCCAGGUUCGAGCAAGUCCGCCCGGCGCUGCCCGCUUUGGCGCGGCUGCUACACUCCGUCGACGAAGAGGUGCUGAGGAACACGUGCACGGCCCUACGCCGGGUUUGCAUCUCGCGAUGGAACAAUAACAGCACUCAACCCUCGAAGCAUCUAAGAGUCCAGGCCGUGAUCGAAGCCGGAGUUUGCCAGCGGCUAGUGAGGUUGAUCAGCCACGACUCUCCCACCACCGUCAAGAUAAAAUCUUUGCGCGCCAUCUCAACAAUCGCUUCGAGCAGCGACCGGCACAAGCAGGAGUUGGUCAACUCCAACGUGUUACCGAGGCUACGUGACUUACUCAGUUCGUCUCAUCAGAUGCUCCGCGAGAAGACUUGCCAAGUCAUUUGCAGGAUCACGACGGGCAGUAAGGAGCAGACCCAAGCAGUGAUUGAGGCCGGCAUCAUCCUCGCCGUCAUUCACAUCUUGCCAAGCACACGGAACUUGUUGGUCGGAUCGCACAUCCAGACAAUGUUCUCUCGGGCCAUCGUGGUGGGUAGGCCUGAGGAGAUGAUGGAAUGGAUUCCGCCUCUGGUAGACCUUCUGGGCAUUGGUAACUUCCAAAACAUCCCCCUGGCGCUUUGGGUCUUCAAGCAAAUCGCCAAGGUGGUUCCUGACUCCCAUGGAUGGCAACGGCUCCAACAUCUGCUCAGUUCGUCGGAUACUGAAGUCUGCGAGAAGGCUUGCCGAGUCAUUCACAGGAUAACGAGUGGCAACAAGGAGCAGGCUCGGGCCGCGAUCGAGGCCGGGAUCAUACCUGUCCUCAUCCAGCUCCUUCCCAAUGCGAAUCCGUACAUUCGAUCGGACGCUGCAUCAGCUAUCUCGAACAUCACCGAGUUAGGCGAGCCGGAGGAAGUCAGGAGGUGGAUCCCGCUCCUGUUGGGCCUUUUGGAGGACUGCAAUAUCCAAUCCGUCGUCGGGGUAUCCAAGAUUCUUGACCAUAUCCUCCAGGUGGAUCCUGACUCCGAUGCAUGGCGGCGGCUGCUUGAUCUGCUCAGCUCCUCGGAUGCUGAAGUUCGCGAGAAGACUUGCCGAGUCAUCCACAAGAUCACGGAGGGCAACAAGGAGCAGACUCGGGCCAUUAUCGAUGCCGGCGUCGUACCUGUCCUCAUCCAGCUCCUUCCCAAUGUGAAAUACUACAUUCGAUGGGUGCUACCCUUGGUGGUCGACCCCCCACAGGACGCUGCGUCAGUUAUCUUGAGUGCCACCGAGGAAGGCAAGCCGGAGGAAGUCAGGGGAUGGAUCCCGCCCCUGGUGAGCCUCUUGGAGAACGACAACAUGACUUUCAUCCUGAACGUGCUCGAGAUCCUUGAGAAAGUCCUCGAGCGCGGCGACACGGAGGCAAAGGCGCAAGGGCAGGAGACAAAUCAGACGGCCACGUGCGUGGUGGAAUGCGGGGGAUGGGAGCGCGUUGCUGAAUGCUUCCACUUGAACUUCAACUUGUUUGACGACCAUGCCAGGGGUAAAGUCAGAGCAAAGGUUCGAAGAAGAUUGGCGAGAGUAUUUCUGCAACCUAAUCUCACCGGGUUCUCACCACGGGCGGCAAUCUGGAUCAGUUGCGUUGAAUGGCCAACAGUUCAGGGGGUUUGGUCUGUGACGGCGCGAGUAGUGUGGACCCAGAUUGGCUGA